AUGCUACUGCUACUGAAUCCGCCCACCGCACUUGCCGAACCUCUUCCUGCAUUCAACUUUGCUAAGCGUGACAACACAGUUUAUGUCACUGUCACUGAAUACAGAUACGUUGCUGAACGUCCUGCACCGACCAACGUUCCUCACGCUGCCUCUGUUGCACUUAUUGCUCCGCCUGCUCGCGUGGCAUCGCUUCUUGUUGCCUUCGUACCUCCUACACCUCGACCAAACCCCAACCCCAAUGCCAUGGCAAAUAUGGCUCGCCCUGCUCCAAUUGCCCCUGCUGCAUUGGUCCCACCUCUUGCCCCCGUUGCCCAACCUGCCAUUACUAUACCCGCACCCGUCCCCGCCGCUGCUUGGACUCCACCUGCCGAUGAUGCGCUUACCUACACAUCCUAUGCCGGCUUGUUGUCGACCUUGGCUCCUGCAUUUUACCCCACACCGCUGAACUCAGCGGCGGUUCCUUCCCGUACCAUUUCUUCUCCCAUGCCCCAACAACAACCUCCACCUCCUCCAGCCCCUGUAGCACAUGCUCCAACCCUUCACACGGUUCCGACUCCCCUCGUGGCUCCUACCGUGGAGGCUAAUCCGAACACACCCAUCCUCUCCUCUCCUGAAUCAGUUGCACCAAGUCCCACUCUUUCAGCGUCAUCGGCUGUCCCAAUGGAAAAGGAAAAGGAAUUGACAGCUGCACACACAACGUUGCCGGCGACUGCUGCGCACUCCUCUGACUCAACCUCAUCGUCAUUCAUCGAUUCAGCCAGCGUCUCGAAAGAAGAUACCACCUCGUUGUCUUCUACCACUACCAGCACCACCACGCACGAUGUGACCGUCUCAACCACGACCACGACGCGCGGUGACACAACCAGCACCAGAACCACUGUUGGCACCGACGGCACUACAACAGUCCUGACCGAGUAUCCAACCUCGACACGACGUACUACUACUAGCACAUCGGGUGUAGAGGCGAAGUGGUCACGCAUGCAAGGUGGCCGACAGGAUCCAAGUGUUGGAUCGGUGGUGGGUUAUCUGGCUGGACUUUUGAUCCCCGAGGCCCGAUGGUCGAUGACCGCGACUGCAAUGAUCGUGGCCAUGGCCCUCCCCGGCGCAGUGGCCUUGCUUGUUUAG